AACCACACUUGUUUGUAUAUGUGAUGUCUGUGUGUGAGUGUGCAUGUUGCAUGUACUCCAAAUCACAUAUGCAUAUACAAAUAUUAAGGAUGUGGAUAAGUGUUGUUUUGUUUUUUUUAAGAGAAAAUGGUCAUGGUGGUUUUAUUUCUAAAGUCACGUAGAUAACAACUUGUAGUAAGCUAAUAGAAUUUUGAGUCAAAGACACAAAGCAGGGAAAUAAAAUAGUAGUGCUAGACUCCCAAAGGUAAGAUGCAUACACAUGGACAUACAGGGAGUGAGCUGAGAAAGUCCUUAAAAGUGGGAUCACAGGUAGGAAAAUGUGAUAUAGAUGUCAUAAGCUGCCCUCAAUUACUUUGCGUUCUGACAUUAUGCAGCAUUUGAGCUGAAAACCAUUAUAGAUCACUGGAUUUUAAGAUAAUUGUAUCGGUUUUAUUGUACGUUAGUAAAUUAUUCAGUCACUCGUCCUUUUACUGGUACUGGUCGUUGAGGGGAGCACAUGAUAGACACGGCAUGUGCCAAGACCUGGCACUUAGCCUCUCUUUGGCACAGUUCACUCAACGCUCAUAAUUUAAGCCAGUUAAUUCUUCCUCUUGUCACCGUGGCGUCGACCAUCCCCAAAGGCAGACCCAACGAGAGGGAGGAAUGGCCCGGGCUACCUGAGCACGCGGCUGUGAAGAGGGCCCGCCCUUGUCGGGCAAUUUAUUUUAUCUUUAUUUUGAACACAAGUGAACAAGAAAAGGCAUCACGAGGGAAAAUAAGCUAUACUUUAAAGCCCAUGUAUUAGGGUGAAGGAUAUAAACCUUGUGUUUUCUUUAACCUGUCGUUUUUCAAGUCCACCGCAGGUGACAUUUUCCUAUAGAAAGAGUGCAAAUAGCCUGAUAUUUUCACAUCAUUUAGUGACCCUUCACGUGUACACGUACAGCUCUAAUGUGAAUUCAUUUCAUGCAUUGUUUUAGAUCCUAUAGUUGUGUACACUUUUCCUAAAGUUUGCUGUCUAUAAUACUCUACUAAACGAUACUGACAGUCCUGGGAAAAUCCUAAAUGGUAAUAAUGAAAGGGCCCGUUCUAGGUUUCGGGGGCCCCCUGCUCAAAGGCUCCGACCUUCACGGAUCUGUAAUGAAGGUAUCUGUGCUCAAAGCUGCAUGGUACCUUUGCCGCUUCACUGUUGCAAGUAGGGGUUCCUGGUGUCUUUAUAGUGUGGCAACCGUGCAUCACACACUCAUUGCUUUUGUGUUCUUUGUAAGAGAUGGUGAGCAGAAGCAUUAGGCACUUUAAUUUAAAUGCCUGGAUUUUCCUCGAUCCCCAUAUGUCGACAGGAUCCGGCAAGCAGGUGCCUUACAUGUAUACACUCUGUGGGUGCCGACUGUACAAAUUAAGGGAUCCACACAAACAUCGAAAUUCACUGCUAAACAUGCAGCGAUCGACGCAGCCAGACAGAAAUAUGAGGUUAGAAAUAGCAGACGAAACGGAAAGCGAAAGAAAUUGGCGCACGCGCUGAAGAAAGGGUCAACACGUAUGUUGAUGUGUUUAUCAACAUGGCCAGCCAGGGAGGCGGACAGACUGUAACGGAUUCAUCUUCCCGACCACAGUGCCGACAUGAUAUGGCAUAUUGUUCACUCAGAGUAGAGCUGCAAUGGAUUAUGCACCAUGAGACUCCUGACAUGCAAAAUCUUGGGGAAAGGUUGGAGAGGCUGCCUUUUGGUGUGAAUCAUUUUUGCACCUUCUUUCCACUUACUCCAAUGGAAGAAGCACUUAUAUUGGGCAGGAUAGACAUAAUUCGCAUGUUUCUGCAUCAUGGUGCAGAUAUCCUUGGGAGACAGCGGUACACUGACUCACUGUCCUUGCAGCCCAUACACUUAGCUUGUGGAGCUCUUGCAAGCAAAGUCAAUCUGGAAGUUGUGCAGCUACUGGUGGAACAUGGCGCUGAUGUUAAUGCAUAUGAUACAGAAGGUCAUCAACCUCUUCACCUGGCCUGCAAAAGCAAUCACCUAAAUGUUGUUCAGUUCUUGCUCAGUCUAGGUGUGGAUGUGAAUAGCCCUGGGCCCCAGGGAAAGACUGCACUCCAGGUCGCAUGCUUUGAUAUAAAUGACAGGAUUAGUCCAAAAAUUGUCCAGUUCUUACUAGAGCAUGGAGCAGAUGUGCAUGCAAGUGUGGACAAUGGGCUGGACUGCAUGUCCAGUGCCUGUAUUAAAUUGAGUUUGGAAAAAGUUUUGAUUUUACUUGCCUAUGGUGCCAAGGUGAAAACUUUAUCUCCAAGACUAUUCUGUACAGUGUUUGAAAAGGUGCGCCCAGACAUUGAUCAGAUCCCAGAAUUAUUUACUGUCUUAGAGCUGCUUCUAGCAGCUGGGGCAACACUUGACUGUGGCUUUGUGGCCUCCUCACUGGAGUUUGUGCUUCAAGCUAAUUCAGCAUUUUGUGUGUUAAAGGACAAAGUCUUAAAUUUUCUUUGGCAGUACCUAGCAGAGCCUCCUCGCUUGAAGAACUUGUGCCGUGUUGUUGUCAGAGACAAUCUACUACCAAACAUUGACACAAACAUAAAAUACCUUGGACUGCCUGAAAUCUUGCAAGACUAUCUCAGAUUUGAAAAUAUAUUAUACCUGGCAGACAGUUUUCUCAAAUAACCUGAAAAAAAAAGAGUAAGAGAAGAUAUAGAACCAAAAUGGGUAAAGAGAGAUGAAAAUAAAUAUUUUUUAUGUUAAGACAUGCAGUUGCUUUUUUAAAAAUAGACAAUGAAAUGCAGAAGUAAUAUUUACUGAUAUGGAAGAAAACUGUGUUCAGAAUGAAGGGUUAUAAAAAUGUGCCUUGGCUUGCAGUAUCCACUCUGUAUUUUUAGGAUGGUUGCUUCUGCAUGUUUAUAGUGGAAAAGCUGUUGGAUGAUGAAAGGACAUCAAGAUGAAGUUUUUAGGAUGGAAACCAUGUUUCAGAAGUAGAAAGUAAAACCAGUGAUUUAAGAUGACUAGACAUUGUAGAUUGUGCCGUAAGUCAGUGCUAUAGUGCAUUGUGAGCUGAAUCAUUUUUUGAAGGCAGCGAUCUUACUGCUGAUCUUCUUGAUUAAUAAAUGUUAUUGUUGUCAAUUUGGGAUCUGAUAACUUUUGAGCGCGUAGGUACUGAAUUAUUUAUUGGGGCAUGUUAUUAUCAAGAUGUUUAUGUAAUUGAUGUUAAUGUUAUAUUACCUGUAUAAUCUGGACUGGCUUUUAGCUUGUGUAUAGAGCUAGCAGUCAUAUAUAUCUUGCAAAAGUACUUUAUUCUCUGCAAUACUUGCAUAGCAGAGGUGUCAUACACAGAGACGUGAAGGCUAGCCAUGUUUUGAUAUCAGCUAGUGGACAGGUGUGUCUAACUGGCCUCCACAACUCUCUCUCCACAAUCGUAAUGGGGCCAGCGCCUGCAAACAGUCUAGCUAUGACUACCCCAGCAUGCUAUCGAUUACCUCCAGUCGUUCAGUCUAGAAAUUCUUGAACAGAAUCUGGCUAUUUCUCAGUGAUCGUAAAACUUAUCUGAUGAUCUUACUACAAGUAUUCGGCUAUUUAUCAGUGAUUCUGUAACUCUUUUGGAGACCAGCAUGCAUUAUUGUUAUUAUGAUUUGGGGAUUUUCUUUUUAGAAAAGCACUAUACAAUUAACAUAUUAUUAUAUCUAAAUUUGUAUAAUCUAAAAAAAAGUUGUCUGUCUCAUGUUAACAAUAAAUAAAAGAACGUUUGCGACUUCUGUUUAUUAUAUCAUUAAAAAUACUUGUUAAUAGAAAGUUCUGAAUAUAUUAUAUAAAGCAGUUAUUUAUUAUGCAAUUGUGUCUUCACGAUCUCUCUCACAAUCUCCUUAGGGCAUAUAUACUAAGCCAUUAUGCAUAAAAACACACAU